AUGCAAUUAGAGAGGAUCACUUACCCGGCUUGCCCAGGAGGGCCAGCGCAUAAAUGGGCACGGCCAGGUGCCGGGUGCCAUCCUGGCAGGAUGCAGGAGUCCAGGAGCAAGCCCUGCUCCUGCCCCAGCCUCAAGCUGCGGGAGGUGGCAUCCAUGUACUUCACCAUGGUGGCGGCGUUCCUGGUCAUCCUGGUGGUGGCUCUGCAGGGCUCGGCGCCCCGCCAGAGCGAUUUCCCCUACAAGGUGCCCCUGGAUCCCCAGGGGCUGCUGGAGCUCUCCUGGAAUGUCAGCUACCCCGAGCAAGCCGUGCAUUUCCAGCUCCUCAUCAGGGAGCUGCGGUUCGGGCUCCUCUUCGGGAUGUCGGACAGGGGCGAGUUUGAGAACGCGGACCUGGCCGUGCUCUGGAGCGAUGGGCGCAACUCCUACUUUGGGGACGCCUGGAGCGAUGCCAAGGGGCAGCUCCACAUGGAUUCCCAGCAGGACUACCAGCUCCUCGGGGCUCGCAGGGCUCCCGAGGGGCUCUACCUCCUCUUCAGAAGACCCUUCAGCACCUGUGACCCCAAGGACUACCUGAUAGAGGACGGCACGGUGCACCUGAUCUACGGCGUCCUGGAGAAACCCGUGCGCUCCCUGCAAGCCAUCAACGUCUCUGCCCUGCACGGCGGGCUGCAGAGGGUGCAGCUGCUAAAACCCAACAUCAGCAUCCCUCAGCUGCCCAGCGACAUGAAGACCAUGGAGAUAACGGCCCCAGAUGUGGUCAUUCCCAGCCAGGAGACCACCUACUGGUGUUACAUGGCAGAACUCCCCGAGGGCUUCCCCAAACACCACAUUAUCAUGUACGAGCCGGUGGUCACGGCGGGCAACGAGGCCCUCGUCCACCACAUGGAGGUGUUCCAGUGCGCGGCCGACUUCGACAGCUUCCCCCGCUACAACGGGCCCUGCGAUUCCAAGAUGAAGCCAGACCGCCUCAACUACUGCAGGCACGUGCUGGCGGCCUGGGCCAUGGGGGCACAGGCUUUCUACUACCCUGAAGAAGCAGGUCUUGCCUUUGGUGGCCCAGGCUCCUCCAGGUAUUUGCGUCUGGAGAUCCACUACCACAACCCCCUGGUGUUCAAAGGGCGCCGUGACUCCUCGGGGAUCCGGCUCUACUACACGGCCACCCUCCGUCCCCACGACGCCGGCAUCAUGGAGCUGGGCUUGGUGUACACGCCGGUGAUGGCCAUUCCCCCUGGAGAGGACAGCUUCACCCUCACGGGGUACUGCACCGACAAAUGCACCCAGCUGGCUCUGCCAGCUGCUGGCAUCCGCAUCUUCGCCUCCCAGCUCCACACACACCUGGCAGGGAGGAAAGUGGUGACGGUGCUGUCCCGGGACGGGAGGGAGCGGCAGGUUGUGAACGCCGACGGGCACUACAGCCCUCACUUCCAGGAGAUCCGCAUGCUGAAGGAGGUGGUGGCGGUUUUUCCGGGCGAUGAACUCAUCACCACCUGCACAUACAACACCGAGGAUCGGAGCAGAGCCACCGUGGGAGGGUUUGGCAUCCUGGAAGAGAUGUGUGUGAACUACGUGCACUACUACCCCCAGAGCCAGCUGGAGCUGUGCAAAAGCGCUGUGGAUCCGGGCUACCUGCACCGGUACUUCAACCUCGUGAACAGGUUUAACGACGAGGAGAUCUGCAUGUGCCCACAGGUGUCUGUCCCACAGCAGUUCUACUCCAUCCCCUGGAACACGUUCAACAGGGAUGUGCUGAAAUCCCUCUACGGCUUCGCUCCCAUCUCCAUGCACUGCAACAAAUCCUCCGCCGUCCGGUUCCCGGGCGAGUGGGAGAAGCAGCCUCUUCCCAGCAUCACCGAGAGGCUGCGGGAGCCCGUCCCUCGCUGCCCGCCCGCCCCGGAGCCCCAGCCCGCUGCCCCCGUCCCCAUCAACCUGGGCCAGCUCCGGAGGGACUGACACCCUCCGGAACGGGAAACGCCCCCAGGCAGGAGCAUCCAUCCAUGGGGAGCAUCCCUGGGCGCCCUGCCCACACAGCGAUGCCAGCCGGUGCCCCGGCCCUGCCUCCGGAGCGGGUCAGAGCUCGUCAGGCACAGUUCACGAAGUCCUCCGGGGAUGGGAAGCGCUAUAUUUAGUGCGUUAUUAGCGAUGCCGGCUCUGAGUAAUGCUGCUUCCCACCCCCGGAAUAACAACGGCGAGGUUUGCUAUUGUGCCGCUCCAGGGAGGAGGGAAAGGAGCUGGUUUGCCCGCCGGGAAACUGAGGCACGGAGCAAAGGGAGGUGUGGGAGCAGCAUAAAAGCCUUGCCGGUGUCCCGCGGUCCCGUCCAGCUCAGGAUGGCUCCGCUGGCAGCUGUGGCAGGGAUGGAGGGGUGGAUGGAAGGAGGGAGGGAUGGAGGGGUGCCACAACGCCCACCCAGCACUCCCCUCCCUCCUGCGGGGACUGCAGCUCCUCACCGCCCUCCUUCCCCCACUCCUCCACGCUCGGGAUUAUUCCUCUCAACGCCACCAGAUGCCAAUGGCUGGGAACAAAGGAUACCUCUGGGACGGGGUUUGGAAAAGGGGAUGGGGGGAGGGAGAAUGACAAAUCUUUUGUCGGGAAAAAUUGCUCCAUUAAAAACCCGAAUGUAAAAUAAAUUGCUUUUUGCUGUUGAGCUCCGAAGGGAGAACAUUCAGGAGGAGCAAGAGAGAGGCUGGAGGUGCUGCAGGAGAGUCCAUGUCCAUCCCAGCUCGGUGCCUGCCCUUGCUGCCCUGGGACAGGUGGGAUCCAGGCCAGGUGAUCCCCAAAUUUCCUUCCCAGCCACCUUGGGUGUAAGAGAAACCUCAGGUCAGAGCGCUGCACACCGGAAAAGGCUUUUUAAAGCAAAACCUGAUCUUCCAGGCACAGAGUGGAUGCCUGGCUUGGCAGGGAGGCAGAAUGUUCCUUCACUCACAACAGGACCGCAGCCACCCCUAUUCAAGAGAAUAAUUCAUCUCCGUCUUGUUUUUUUUAAUGUUUUCAGUAAAACCAAAGCA